AUGCGACUGCCAAGGAGAGAAAUCGACGAGACCGAAAGUGGGCGGGACGAGAGAAAUUAUAACCCGAGUUACCUCUGCUUCUGCAAACCGUUUGAAGCGGAGUGGCACGGAGGUGGAGCAGAACGUACGUUCGCGCAACGCACCGGUCGUGGUCCGCCGCUUCCAGUUCCACCAAUGGCACCACGCGAGCACGGACAAAACAAUUUCCUCCGACGUCGUGGAGGUGGGCCGCACGCUGGUGCUGGUGACGAACGCGACCUGCAAGCGGAGAGAUUGCUUUUCCUGCAGCCACCGCAGCACCGUAUGUUUCAGCAGGCAGGAGCAGGUAAUAUCCGUGAGGACAGAAGAGGCCCGGUGCCGAUAUAUUGGGGACCCCCACACCGCGAAGACGAAGAAGAUCUUGUUCCGGAAGAUGAACGAGCUGGACUACUGCGCCAACUACCAGCACUCAUGCCCUUCCUACACGAGAUUCACCAGUGCAUGGACCCCGCCACCUGUCUGAACGUGUGCGGCGGCCUAUGUUGCGCGCGUGCUGUGUGUUGUUGCGCCGGGUAUACCAUGCCGACAUGCAGCUAUUUGGAAAUGUGCCUCUGUUGCUGGCACUGCACAGGUAUCUGUGGCACCUACUGGUACGCCAUACAUAGCCUCACCGAUGGGGGUUUACUCAUCACCGAUUAGAGUGCUGCUUUUGCUGCGGAGAGGUGUAGAAGCCCUCAUGGUCACUAAAGUGAGCAGAUGUCUCUUCUUUGAUUUUUGUCUAGGUUCAUGAGAUUAUAGAAAUAUCUAUCUGAGUAUAAUUCAACAUCACUAUACUACAUAGCGCUUCCUCGUCAUAGUUCUCACGGUACUGUAAAAGAUUCACUCACGUUGUGAACAGCCCCUGCUAGCAUCACAGCUAGGCGCUUUCGAUCUUCUCGGCGAAAGACUUCCAAUCGCAAAUUUCUGCACAAAUAUGACUUGUCCUCUUUGUUGAUAAACGCAUGGAAAUAUCAGAAAUUUUAACGACGGCGAC